GACGAUGUGCGUUUCUAUGCUGUUUCGAAUAUUUUGAACACAUCAACUGUUAAUUUCGAUUCUGAUAGUUCUUCUGAUUAUUAUGACGAGAAAUGGGACAAAAUGACCAGAUAUUUGGAAUUCCAGGAAGCUUACUGUAAUCCUUCAAAAUAUAGGGGAAGAUGCGAUCCAAAUAAUCCAGAAUUAAUUGAAUGGUUUGCGAAGAGGAAAUUAACAAAAAGACUCGAAAAUUGGGGUCAAAUGAUCGUCAAUUAA